AUGACUCUUGUUGAGGAAAGCAUCUUGAAACAAAAAUCUAGAAAUCAGUGGCUAAAGCUGGGUGACUCAAACAAUUCAUAUUUCUUUGCUUGUACUAAAACCAAGCUGGCACAGAAUGGAAUAAGAAGCCUAACCAAAGCUGAUAGGAUUGUAGUUGUAGAAUUUGGGGACAUUGAGAAGGAGGCUAUUGGAUUCUAUAAGGGAUUACUGGGAUCUGCAGAGGAUCAUAUCCCUGCUAUCAAUCCAGCAGUCAUGCAGCAUAGUCCUAUCCCGAAUAGACAACAACAGAAACAGCUUAUAGAGGAAGUAACUGAGGAAGAAGUUAUUAACGCCCUGCAGAGCUCAGAUAUCACUAAAGCAGUUCUAGAGUUCUUUACAAUAGGAAAAUUGCACAAACCAGUAAACUGCACAUCUGUUACUCUAAUACCCAAUAUUCAAAGUCCCAAGUCUAUCAAAGAGUAUAGACCAAUCUCUUGUUGCUUAGUUAUGAAUAAGAUCAUAUUAAAGAUACUAACACAUUGGAUGCAAGUAGUUAUGGAUAGUUUGGUUAAUAACAGUCAGUCUGCUUUUGUGUCAAACAGAGUUAUAUAUGAUAAUAUCAUUCUAAGCCAUGAAUUGGUGAAGAGUUAUGGAAGGAAAGGAGUGUCACCUAGAUGCAUGCUCAAUAUAGACAUGCAAAAAGCCUAUGCAUUAGUGGACCGGAGAUAUUUGCGGCAUAUCUUAUACACUCUAAAUUUCCCUGAUAAGUUUGUUAACUGGGGUGAUAACUGGUCAGUAAAGAUAUUGAAUGAAUGUUUCCUAGAAUUCUCAGAGGCAUAUGGACUUAAAGCCAACCUCGAUAAAAGUUCUGUGUUCUUUGGAGGUGUGCCAGAUGAGGACCAGGAGGAGAUCCUGAACAUAUUGGGGUUUGUCAGAGGCACUCUACCUAUCAGAUAUCUUGGUGCAGGGGCGAAGCCAGGAAUUUCAUCAAGGGUGUUCAUAUUAUGA